AUGGGGGUCCGUUUCCGAAAUGCUACUCCAGGUACACUAGCCUGUCUGGCAGCUACGAUCCUCCUAGCUGUCGUGUCGUUCAAUACGCCAUUACUCAAAUCACUCAAUUUCCUAUCCGCCUCAUACAGUUCUGGAAGUUAUAGCGGCGAAUUAACGUUGGGUACACUGGGGUUCUGUCAUACCCUGGAUGGAAGUCAGAAUUGUACAGGUCCGCAGGUAGGAUACGAAUUUGAUCCAAAUGACGUGUUUGGUGUAACCCUCUUCGACAUCCCCGAAGCAAUAACCAAAUAUCUCACUUACGUUCUCAUCCUUCACGUCGUCGGAUUAGCUUUCGCUGCUAUCGCAACUAUAAUCGGUAUAUUCGCACAUUCACCUACCUUCCCUCUACUCUGUCUUUCAAUAUGGAUGGCCGGUAUAGCCUCAACUUUCACUUUCCUUGCUUUAGUCUUUGACCUGGCCAUGUUCUACAUCGCCAGAGCGAGGAUAAACAACGUUUCAGGUGCAUCAGCCGAAAUUGGUAUUUGCGUGUGGCUUACUCUGGCUGCAUGGGUGAUUUUGGCUCUGAGUGGAUGUUUCUUCGGGAUUGGAAAUUGUUGUGGAUCAUGUAGGGCCAAUAGCGAAAGUGGUGAUUCGAAAAGAUCCAAGAAGGACAAGUAUGGAGGGGAAGAAGAAGAUUAUAAGAUGAGAAUGAUGGCUAUCGAUAAUGAAAGACAGAGAAAACAGAAACAAGAACAGGGUUUACCGUCUUUUCAGACUUUGGUUCAAGAUGAUGGUGAAGAUAAAUACUUGAUUGAAAGAGAUCCACAACCACCAGCACAACAAGCACAAGGUGGAUUAAGAAGAGAUGGAAGUGUUUUACAAGGUGUUGGAAUGGGAUAUGGAAGAAGAACCAACAAAUCACCUUCGAAUGAUCCUUACUCUAAUGGCUGGAAUGGACAUGGUCAAGGCACAUAUCAGAAUAUCGCUGCCCCACCACCUGCCGCACGACGUCUGUCGGAUACUACCACUGCUGGUGAUUUCGUAGGAGUAGGAGCGGGUGGUGCAGGGGUGGAUAGACCUCAACCCCAAGGAUACGGGAAUGGAUAUUACGGUGAGAAUCCAUAUGGAAACGGGAAUGGAAGUGAUCAAGGACAUGGAUAUGGAAUUGGACAAGAUCAACAAUAUCAAAAUGACUCAUAUCAACAACAUAAUUACAACGAUCCUUAUUCUCAAUCUCAACAAACACCUUAUCAGAGUAAUCAAUAUGCAGAUCAACAAUAUAACCACCAGGAUCCGUAUGGCCAACAACAGCAACAGCAGCAACAAUAUUCAGAUCCAUAUCGAUCAUCUUCCACUCAACCAUAUAAUAAUACCUCCUAUCCACCUGUGGCUGUACCGAUAUCAAUGCCUACUCCAGGUGUUCAAUCUGCUCGAUCACCCCAACCCCAAACACAGAUAGGGAACUACGAUACAUCAUUUGGAUCUACAGAUUCGCAUUAUGUUGAUCCUGGACCACAGGUCCAUAAUGCGAAUACUUCGGAUCCAUAUGGGGGAUAUAAUGAUGAUGAUGGAUUAGGAGCUAUAGGAAUGGCUGUCACACAAAAUGGGAAUACAACAAGACAUGAGAGGGAUUAUACGGGACUUACAUUCGGUCCAAGUGGGGGAUACGAUGAUUCACAAUUCCAACCUUCUACGAAUAAUGGUGGGAUACAUCAACCUCAACCUCAACAUUUGGUUGGUUCCAAUUCACAGAAUAAUUUACUAAGAUCGCCUGGGGGGUAUGAUGAUGAUCAACCGGAAGGAUCGUCGAUCAGACCUCCAAGUUAUUCUGCUGGUGAUUAUUCGAAUGCUGCUGCUGGUGCUGGAGGGCAUGGGAAUGAGAAGAGUUCGUACAGGCAUUAUUAG